AUGGUAUCGUUGGAUGUUGAAUUCACAAAAUCUCUUAUGAACUUAAUUGAAUACAUUGCUGAAAUAAUUAAAAUCUUCCUUACUAUUCGUGGUUUCGUUGAUCAAUUUAUUUGUGCCUCUCUGUGUAUUGCAUUUCCAACAAUCAAUACCUCACUUUCCUCUGGUCAAAUAAUUCAUAUCUCGAAAGGAUUUGAUAUUCGCGAUUACGCUGGUGUUGAUGUUGUAAAAGUUCUUCAAAAGCAUCUUGAUAGAAGGGCUUUGAAUGUAAAAUGUGUUGCCCUUAUAAACGACGCAGUUUCAACCCUUCAGGCUUGCGCUCUUGAUGAAGAAGGGUGUUAUGCUUCUUUUGUUUUAAGUAAGUUCAGUUCUUUAAUUUUUUAG